AUGGCAUCCCCCGGAUUCUGGUCCCUGGGCGCGGACAACAACAUGGCCAAUAACCCCCCCGGCAACCAGAGCCCCAGCACGACCAGGGCUUGGUGUCAGGCGGCAGCUCAGAAAUUACCUGUUGGAAUUGGAUCAAAAUUAUGUGCGCUUCUAAAUGUGGGAGAAGGAGAGAAAGCAGCGGAUCCUGGAGUCAAACAGCCCCCCAGCAGCGCCCCUGGCCCCUGCGGCUGCACCAAAGCCUGCACCUGCAACAAGACGGCCGCCUUCUCGGAUCUCUUCUCCUCAGACCUCCUCCCGGCGGUGGACGGAGACGCCAAAACCAUGACGUUCCUGCAGGAGGUGGUGAACAUUCUUCUGGCCUACAUCGUGGAGUCCUUCGACCGCGACACCAAAGUCAUAGAUUUCCAUUAUCCCAACGAGCUGAUGCAGAUGAACAACUGGGACCUGCAGAACCAGCCCGCGUCUCUGGACGACAUCCUGGUCAGCUGCCGCGCCACGCUCAAGUACGCCAUCAAGACAGCCCAUCCGAGGUACUUCAACCAGCUCUCCACGGGCUUGGACAUGGUGGGUCUGGCGGCGGACUGGCUCACGUCCACGGCCAACACCAACAUGUUUACGUAUGAGGUGGCCCCUGUCUUUGUGCUGCUGGAGUACGUCACGCUGAAGAAGAUGAGGGAGAUCAUUGGUUGGACGGAUGGGCGCGGAGAUGGCAUUUUCUCUCCUGGUGGUGCUAUUUCCAACAUGUACGCCAUGCUGCUGGCCCGGUUCAAGAUGUUCCCCGAAGUGAAGGAGAAGGGAAUGUCAUGUCUCCCCAAGCUCGUGGCCUUCACCUCUGAACACAGCCAUUUCUCCAUCAAAAAGGGAGCAGCCGCCCUGGGCAUCGGCACCGAGAGCGUGGUUUGCAUCAGAGUAGAUGAAAGCGGAAAAAUGAUUCCAGCUGACCUUGAAAGAAAGAUCCUGGAGGCCAAGCAGAAGGGUCUCGUGCCGUUCUUUGUCAGUGCUACAGCAGGAACAACAGUCUACGGCGCCUUCGAUCCGCUCAUCGCCGUGUCCGACGUGUGUAAAAAGUACAACGUCUGGAUGCACGUCGACGGCGCGUGGGGCGGCAGUCUGCUCAUGUCCAGGAGACACCGCUGGAAGCUGGACGGCGUGGACCGGGCCAAUUCAGUGACUUGGAACCCACACAAGAUGAUGAGCGUGCCCCUGCAGUGCUCGGCUCUUUUGGUCCGAGAGGAGGGUUUGAUGGAGAGCUGCAACCAGAUGCACGCCUGCUACCUGUUCCAGCAGGACAAGCACUACGACCUCUCCUACGACACCGGGGACAAGGCCCUGCAGUGCGGACGCCACGUGGACAUCUUCAAGCUGUGGCUCAUGUGGAGGGCCAAGGGCACCAUCGGCUUCGAGGCUCAGAUCGACAAAUGCCUGGAGCUGUCUGAGUAUCUCUACAACAAGAUCAAGGACAGAGAAGGAUAUGAGAUGGUCUUCGACGGGAAACCUCAGCACACCAACGUCUGCUUCUGGUACCUGCCUCCUGGCGUCCGCUACAUCGAGGACAAAGAGGAGAAAAAGAAACAGUUGCAUAAGGUGGCCCCGGUGAUAAAGGCUCGCAUGAUGGAGUACGGCACCACCAUGGUCAGCUACCAGCCCCAGGGCGACAAGGUCAACUUUUUCCGCAUGGUCAUCUCCAAUCCCGCCGCCACCUUCGAGGACAUCGAUUUUCUGAUUGAAGAAAUUGAGCGACUGGGGCAGGACCUAUAA